AUGGAGCCCGAGUCCAGGGAGCAAACAUCAAACCAAACGCAAACAGAUUCAUUAUCUCCAUCCCCUAAUCCGGUGUCACCUGUGCCUUUGAAUAAUUCAACAAGUGCCCCAAGAUAUGGAACAGUGAUCCCUAAUCGCAUCUUUGUAGGAGGAAUUGACUUUAAGACAAAUGAAAAUGAUUUAAGAAAAUUUUUUUCCCAGUAUGGAUCUGUAAAAGAAGUGAAGAUUGUAAGUGACAGAGCUGGAGUAUCCAAAGGGUAUGGGUUCAUCACAUUUGAAACACAAGAAGAUGCUCAAAAAAUUUUGCAGGAGGCAGAAAAACUUAACUAUAAGGAUAAGAAACUGAACAUUGGUCCAGCAAUAAGAAAACAACAAGUAGGAAUCCCUCGUUCCAGUAUCAUGCCAGCAGCUGGAACAAUGUAUCUAACAACUUCAACAGGCUAUCCUUAUACCUAUCAUAAUGGUGUUGCUUAUUUUCAUACUCCAGAGGUAGCAUCUGUCCCACCACCUUGGCCUUCACGUUCUAUGUCCAGUUCCCCUGUGAUGGUAGCUCAGCCAGUUUAUCAGCAACCCACCUAUCAUUACCAGGCCUCUGCACAAUGUCUACCAGGACAGUGGCAGUGGGGUGUUCCUCAGUCACCUGUUUCUUCUGCUCCAUUCUUAUACCUGCAACCUUCAGAGGUUAUUUAUCAGCCAGUGGAAAUUGCACAAGAUGGUGGGUGUAUUCCUCCUCCACUAUCUCUGAUGGAAACUUCAGUUCUGGAGCCUUAUUCUGAUCAUGGAGUUCAAACAACAUAUCAUCAGGUUUAUGCUCCAAGUGCCAUUGCCGUGCCUGCACCUGUGAUGCAGCCUGAACCAAUUAAAACAGUGUGGAGCAUUCAUUAUUAA